UGGAUAAUUGGGGUUGGCUCCACGGUUUUGAAAUGCCAAAGGCUGGGGUCAGGGCCUGACUUGGGGAGGAGCCGGCCUCUGGCAAGGAGCCAUGUGGGGAGACAGGAGUGAGCGGUAUCCCGUUGGGGCCAGCUCCCGCAGCCCCAGCACCAGGCGGGUGCCCUGGGCACAGCCGCCCCCACCAGGCCCAGUGGGACCUGCCUGCCUCUCUAGGCGCCUGGGGAAUGGGAGUUACCAAGCCACAGCCAAGGGUGCUGGGGCCCAACCCAGGAGUCUUGACUCCAGCCCCACCCACGGCUGCCCAGCCCUGGGAGGGCAGGGGACAGGCAGCUUCUGGUGUGACCCGGUGUGGGGGCGGGGCUGCUGUCACCUGGGGCCUUGCCCCUGUGACGGCCCUCCCUCCGGGUCCCUGUCCCUGGCUCGCCACCUCUCCUUCUCCCCUCUAGUUCUGCCCCCUAUCUACUUCCUUUGCUGCCUCUCCUGCAGGCGGCGGGUUGUCCUCUCCUCUGUUGGCCUUCCUCAGGGUCUCCGUCUGUCUCUGUUGGUAUCUGGGUCCCUGUCCCACCGGCUCCUCCCCCACUUCCGCCCCCUCUCCGGAGCGGGGAGCCCUCCAUCACCCCCGGCACACAUUCCAGCCUCCACCCCCGCCCGGCUGCCCUUCCCUGGAGCCAGCUGCUGCUGGAGGGAGUGGGCUAGGGAUGGGUCAGAGGUUGGGGUGCCGGCAGGGGCUGUAGGGGGCACCCCCUCCUCCGGAAUGUGGGCGGGGCUGCCCGCAGGCAGGGCGGGGGGGGCGGUCAGGGCUCUAGACAGCUGGCUGCGAGCAGACCGCCUGCGCCUCCCCCCCCAGACACUGCGCACGGCCCACCUCCCACACACGCCACCCCCCCAACCCGCCCCUCUCGCCCACGCUCUGAAGAAGUGCACCCUCCAACAGUUAGGGGCCCGAUACGGAUUCCCACCUGAGUGCCAGGCUCCUGGCUCUGCAGUACACAGGCCCGCCCCCACACACACACUGCCCCACUCACACUUUGAUGCCACCACAAAGUCCCUCGACGCUAUGAUUUUCAAAACAAUGCCCCCCCCCUUCUCACCCUGGACCAAGACCUCCCUUAAGAAAACCGCAGAAUUGAAAGUCACACCCGGCAGGGCAGGCACUCAGAGCCUCAGAGACUUGUCACCCACAACAGCACCCUCCCAGAACACGGCCCAUUGCUCCAGCCACACACUCCGGCCCACCAUACCCUCCGUGGCUAUAGGCCUGCCAGAGAAGCAGAGAGCUGCUUAUCUGGGUUGGGGACAGGUGGGGUGUGUGCCCUCACUCACUCCAUCCCUGGUGGGACCUGGAAGAAGGGGCAUGAGCAUCAGACCAUUUCCCGUGUGCCUGCGACAGAAGAAAGGGCAGAGAACCCCAAGUGCCUCCUGGGGGGCUCUUGUCCCCAUUCAGCCUCACUGACCCCAGGAAUCCCUGCUGCUGCACCCACGUCUCAGAUGGGCAACUGAGGCCCUGAGAGGGGCCUGGCCACACCAGCCUGCCCAGCAGGGCACCCGGCCCUCACUGACCUUCAAGGAAAAGCAAGACAGCUGUGGGACACCAGCACUUGUGCGGCGGAUGCUUGGGGCAGCCCAGGCCACACGGACACAACUGUCUUCCCUGAGCCCCUGGCGACUGCCACAGGAGGGGGCCACUAUGUCUCCCUCCGGCCACUCCAGUGUUGCCGUGGAGCCACAAGCCCCGGGAAGGGGUCCUUCUGCCCCUCCUUGUACCCAUAGGGAGGCUGUGUGUGGGUGCCAUCUUGAGUGUGGGGCUAAGGUCAAGUGAGUGGAUAGGACACUUGUGGGGGACAGCUCCUCCUACCCGCCAGGGGUCGGGAGGUGUGAACCUCAGCCCCUCCCCAGCCUCAAAAUCCAGCGGGCUGUGGCCCUGGCCCCCACCAAGGCAAGCCUCAGGGUUUUCGUGAGCACACAGAGGGGGUCUUUGUGCUCAAGGUCUGGCGUUUCUCAGACAUCUGGCACAUGUUUGAUGUACUUGUGUGUUUGUCCACCACACACGUGCCUCCGGGAUCCUCUGCAGAAAGGACAGGGUCACCGUCUGGGCCUCUGGGGCAUCUGGAGUACAAAAAAGAGCAAACGUGCAAACCCGAGGGCCGGGAGUGUGACAUCCAGAGGCCUUGCCCUCACACUGGUGGGCCGGCGUGUCUCUGUGGCCCCUCUAGGCCCCACCCCACAGUCUGUGCUCAUGGCCACAAACCAUCCAGUGCCCGGCCCUUGCAACUCGGGUGGGAGCCAGGGUGGGAGCAGGAUGGUGCCAGCCUCGUGUUCCUGGGCCUUCACUCACAGGGGGCUCCACUGGGUGCCUCUGCCCAUCCCCUGUCCUGCACAUUCUCCACUGCGGAGACCCCUUCCUAGGAACAGGAGGGAAACUGACGCCAGGGGCAGCCCCUUCUAGCGCUUCAGGGUGGCAAAGAGCUGAGCUUCCUGUGUUCACGGUCAGCAGCCACCUGGGGCCUCAGAGACAGGGGAGGGUCCACACCUCCUGCAGGUAGGAGCCAGAGCCGGGUGGAGGGGGGGGGGACAGUUUGACUCUGCCGGGCUUCUGGCCUCCUGCAGCCGUCCUCUGCCCUGCAAGACCCUGGCCACUGCUGACACAAAGCACAACGGCCCACCCCAGGGGCAAGAGUCACGCCUCCAACCACGGGGGUGCCCACCUCUCUGUGAGGCCUGCCCGGGAGUCACACACACGCAGGCCUGUCCGUGACUGGUCCCACAUCCGUGUCCCUUAUGCACACGCUCUGGAGUCCAUGUACGCCCCCGUCGUGUCUUGCGCACGGAGCACUGUCCACACACUUCCAUACCUGGGCACACACAGCCCCACUUUUGCAUCCACGCAGGCACGGUGCCCUGCCAUCCUGUCUGUUUACCCACGACUCCCAGCUCACCGGCACACAUGUGCACCACACCUGGCAACGCGCGCACUCAUCCAGUCUCCACUUCCCCCACCCUGGCUCUGGGCCCUGCGGGUUUGGGCCAGGCGGGCCAGCGAGUCUCUGCCAGGACGGUCCCAUUUGUGCGCCCCCGCCGGGAGGCCGCCAGGUGCACUGUCCCGGCCCCCGCCUGGUCGACCGGGAGGGGGCGAUAAUUACGCGGCCCGAGGGUCGUCCUCCCCCCACCCCCCACGCGCCUUUCAUCCCGGCCAACGCCCGUCCGGGACCCAGACGCUCAUUACCGCCUCCCGCCCGGUCAUUAGCCAGGGUCGGGGGAGGACCCGGCGUCCCGAGGCCCGGCCGGGCAGGAAGGCGGAGGGGGCGCCGCGGGAACGAGAUAGACCCGCCCUCGUCUCCAUGGCGACGUCCGCGGGUGGGGAGUCCAGGCGGGGAGCGGCUGGACCGCGGUGGGAGAAGUGGUCCCCGAGGCGGGCGCCCCCUCCGCAGAGGGGCGAUUUGUAGACGCGCCGACGGGGACCUCCCGGCCUAAUCCCCGUCCCGUCGGGCAGGCGGCGAGCACCGCGCGUCCAGGCCGCGAAUAGCAGCCUCUCCCCUGCCCGCGGCUAUUUUGAGACCCAUCCUCCCAGCGUGCUGGCAGAGGCGCGGGGUCAGGCCUUUGGGCGGAACGAAGACCUCGUCCCACGCUGGAGCACGCGGCGGGACCCGGAGCCCCUGGCUGGGGUGACAGCGAGGCCGCAGCGCCGCCUCGUGUCCGUGGGGAGAGCGUGGCGCAGCGGUCGCUACAGCGAGGAAGGUGUGAGAGCCGCCCCCCACCCACGGAAAAGCAGAUGCAGGAAACCACAGGGAUGCAGGCGGGGACGGAGACAGGCCGCACACCUGAGACGCCAGCACGCAGUCCCCGCACAAUGCCCAGAGCGGGCAGAGUUGGCCACAGGUGUCCCCAGGCAUGGGUCCUUUCUGAGAUGGGAACCCAGGACAGUCAUGGGUAUACAUGGAGAUGCAGCAACAGGCUUGUAGUAAAUGUUUAAUAACCGCGUGCUGGUGGAAGGAAGGAAUGAAUGAACAGAGCGCUUCACAAAACCAGGGGAAGGCAGACUCAGAACCGCGGAGCCUUGGGGGCGGGGCCUAGGCCAGGGAAUGAUUCUGGGCCACCAAGGCUGCGGGGACACCAGGUCUGGGCUGGAGCCAGGAGCCCCUGACCUGACUUUGCUAGGGGAGCCCACCAAAAAGGGUGGCAGGCAAGUGUUCCCGAGCUGGGCUGACCUGGCCCCAGCCCACCAGCCCCCCCCCUCCACGCCGGCUGGGAGGCGGAGGGAGCUGAGAGCUGGCGUCUCUUUUUGCUCCUUUUAAUAACCACCCUGCGUGAGAGGCUGACGCAGCAGCGGGCUGCCUCUGACGGGGAGGGCUGUGGCACCAGGCAGCGACGUGUGUGUGGGGGGGGGGGUGGCAAUGAGUCAGGAGUUUCUCUGCAGGAGGGGGCUCCUAAAUGGGGGAGGGGUCCCAGUGAUCUUGUUACGGGAGACCAUGUCCUUGCCUGUGUGCCUUACUUGGUCAGCUAGGCCCGCCUGAGGGUGUCAGCAAGUCUGAGGGGGCCUGGAGCGGGGCUGGAACUUCUCUGUGGUGGGCAACAAAGCGGGGGGGGGGUCCUCUGUUCCCAAGUACUCCAACUCCUCUGCAUGGCGUCUACCCUCUGAAGACUGUCCAGAGCAGGGCGUGGGCAGGCAGGGUUCUGCACUAGUUUUUUCCAUCCCGUGGAGGCGUCCAGGGUCACCAGAGACAACACAAGCCAAAGCCUGCACGGGGGCAAAUGGUGGCCACACAGGGGCUCCCAUAAAGUGGCCUUGGGACUCUCCGAGAGCAAUCUUGCAGGUGAGGGUUCCUGCAAAGCUUGUUCUUCUGAUAGCAGAGGUCUCGGAACCCCCAGACAGGAGAGGAAGAGAGCAUUGCUCACCCCACCACCGAUGAUGAGUCUGUUCAUGUGCGGGCAGGAAGCCGGAACGCAUGCUGGAGGGGAGCCCAAGGGUUGAGACCAAUGUUGGGUGCAGGGCUGGCCCCAGUGAUGGGCUGGGUGCCCAGGAGGGGGUCAGCCAGCCCUCCGGAGCUGCAAUGCACAGAGGCGUCUGUCUAGGCCGCCAUGGCAUCGGACGAAGGCAAGCUUUUCGUCGGCGGGCUCAGCUUCGACACCAACGAGCAGUCGCUGGAGCAGGUCUUCUCCAAGUACGGGCAGAUCUCCGAAGUGGUGGUCGUGAAAGACCGGGAGACCCAGCGGUCGCGAGGGUUUGGUUUUGUCACCUUCGAGAACAUCGACGACGCCAAGGACGCCAUGAUGGCCAUGAACGGGAAGUCCGUGGACGGGAGGCAGAUCCGGGUAGACCAGGCCGGCAAGUCGUCCGACAACCGGUCCCGUGGGUACCGAGGUGGCUCCGCGGGGGGCCGGGGCUUCUUCCGAGGGGGCCGAGGCCGGGGCCGCGGGUUCUCCAGAGGAGGAGGGGACCGAGGCUACGGGGGGAGCCGGUUUGAGUCCAGGAGCGGGGGCUAUGGAGGCUCCAGAGACUACUACAGCAGCCGGAGUCAAGGUGGCGGCUAUGGUGAUCGGAGCUCCGGCGGGUCCUACAGAGACAGCUACGACAGUUACGGUAAGUCCCGCUCCGAGGGCACCACGCUGCGGGGCCUGCGGUGGGAGCUCAGUAAGCCUUGGCGCCCUGUGCAGGCGACACUCAGACUCUGCCACUGUCCUUGCCCGUAAGGGACAAGGCUGCUCUCUGGGUCUCCGUGCCAGCCGCCGUCUCUGCUGCGAAACGUAAAGGCAAAACCAGACUGACUGAGGAGGAAAGGGAGAGUGAGGGCCCCCCCACCCCGAGUGGGCAGCAUCUGUGCAUGUGCGGCCGCCCCGCCCUGCCGCCCUGCACUCAGCCGUGGGGGGGUUGGUGCCUCCCGAGGCGCUGGGCGCUGGGCUGAGCCCUCCAGGUCCGACCCGGGAGUGGAAUGCUGCACCUUGUCGCGCGCUUCAGUGCUUUUACACUGUACCUGCUUCUUGUUCUCAGCUACACACAACGAGUAAAAAUCCUUCCUGCUCAAGAUCGUCCUUCCAAUGGCUGUAUAUUUAAAGAUUUUGGGAGCUUCGCUGAAUCGUUGAUGUGUAGUGAACACACCUCCUUGUACCCCACUUUUGUAGUCUUCUCGGUUCUGAUCUUGUCAAACACAGCCUGACUGCUUCUGACCCCCAGAUGGCCUCAUUGCUAGACCUUUCUUUUUAAGGAAGCGCUGUUCGUUUUUAAGGGUUUUAAAAACGUUUUGAAAAGCACUUCAGAUUUUCCUUUGUCGUUUCUACCAGGAGCCAUAAGUUUUUUAGGAAAUCACUGGGGGUUGUGUUGCCGUUUUUGUUCCUCUUUUUAGCGGGGUCAGGCCCCCGACGUUGGGCGCCCCGGUCUCUUCUCUUAAGAUUGAACGGACUCUGAAUCCGCUUUUUGUCGGAAGCUGAGCACGCUGUGGCUUUUUCCAACUCUGUGUAACGUUUCUGAGUGUCGCAUGGUCGGACCCGUCCUGCGGCAGCCACAGAGGCGCUCCGGCUGCCCUGGGCCUGGCGUGAACGGCCCUUCUGUGCUAUGUAUGACCCAGUAGAUCGCAGACGUCCCUCGAGAGGUUCUUGAAAAUGUUUAUUUAUAUUGUCCUUUUUUACUGGAAGACGUAUGCAUAUCUUAUUGAUGUUGUAUUUGAAGUGGUUAAGGAACUCUUGUACGCAGUUUUCUUUGGCUUCACGAAGCCGAUUAAAAGACCGUCUGAAAUGAACCUUGCUCUGACAAUUUCCCUUUCAUUGCACAACACACUCCCUGCUCCGGGUCGAGGCAGUUGGAUCGGAGCGGGGAGCAGUUUGAGGAGGAGGUCUGCCAGUCCUGCCCGAGGCCCCUGGAGCGCUAGACAGGGAGGGCCAGACGGACAGAUGCUUGCCGGGCCCCGUGGGACGCGGACUGCCUUUGGUCCCGGUGUAGGCAAGGAGGCGGGUGACGGGGAGAGCAGUUUAGCAGGGCCGGUGGACACUCGGGCACGUGACGCCGACCCAGACCGCCUUAGUCCAGAGGCAGGCCAGAGAGCGGGCAGCAGGCAGCGUCCCUGGGCGACCGCAGACUGACCGGCUCGUUAGCUAGCCCUGCUGUUGCUUUACAAGUUCUGAGCUUUCACCGCUAGCCUAUGGAAGCUGCAGCCCCUCGGAGGACAGAAGUGUUGUGCGCCCAACAGAACCCUCUGAGACGCAAGCUGCUCCCUUGGCUAGCUCAUAUGUGGAAGUAGCCCUGUAAUUCGAGGUAACUCCUUUUGCUCGUGUCCGCAUCCCUCCUUGUCGAGAGCUCGUUUGAAAGUAAAGUCAUGUACCUGGGGAAUGGUCCUUUGACGGUUUUUCCUUUUCCUUUUUUUUUUUUUUCCUUUUUUUUUUUUAAUCAAGCUAGCACUAGAGUCAGACCUUGGCCAUUGACCCUUCCCCGCCUGCGGCCAGGCAGUCACGCCUCAGGAAUAGGUUCGAUCCAUAGGCAGGAUUGGAGGCCACCGAACGCCCUGGUUUUUGGAAUUUUUGUUCAUCAAUGGACCGUCUUUUCCAGACCUCCUUACUCAGGCUCCUAACUAGCUUUCUCUGAUGUCUGUUGCCGCCACGAGUUUUUCCCAGAGCCCACGCUCUUCUCUAAGCAGCUCCGUCCCCGUUGGGUAGCUGGCUCUGCUGAGGGGUGGAACGUGGCCUGGCCCAUCGGAAAGGCGCAGGCCCAUCCUGGGCACGCCAGCCUGUGACCGGGCCGCUUCCGGGAUGCCCCCGAUGACUAGGUUGAGACCCUCCUAGGAGCUGUGGAUGGUUUCGGGGGAAGGGAGACGGGGCAAAUGCGAGCCGUAGUGGGGACACUGGGCGUAACGCUUCUUUGCUUUGGCAGGUUGAAAGGAAGCCAGUAUGACUUGGAAGGGUGGCCAGAGAGCAGCGAUGACCUGGGGUCAAUGUCCCAGGAGGGCCGUCACCUGGAAGCAAGAGCCAGAGGCACGGCUGCUUACCUCCGACCAUGUACCUCAGGUGCAUCCCUGGGGAGGCUGAGGGGCUGGGUUCACGUGGCCGGGAGGACCAGCCCUGUGCCAGUACUCUCCCUCGACGGGAGCGGGACCUGGACGUUGGAUUUGAAUAAAGGCCUGGUGUGUCCACACGGAAA